GCUUUUAUACAUUCUUUGGGGCUUUUUGUUUGAGAUGCUUUUUGUUCGUUGUGAAAUGUACUUUGACCUCUGCUUGAGUGUGUCCUUUUAGUAUUCUAAUUAUUGUUGCCUGACUCCAGUGGUUGGUUGCCCCCGGUUCAGACUGGUUGUAUAGAACUGGUAGUAAAACUGGAGGGAGACUCUGCGCACAUGUGCAGAAGAGCGUGUACGUGAGCAUGAUGCAAACCGGUAGUAAAAAGGCAGAUUUGAUCAUUACAGUCCCCAAAAGCCCAAUUCAAGCGAAACCUGGUUCUGAUGUCCUGCUGCCUUGUCAUUUUGAGGACUCUUCUGGGCCCAUAGAGCCCAAUCGCCUGGGAGUGAUAUGGCGUAUGGGUUCAAGAGAUAUUGCUAAGUAUGAAGAUAAGUUAGAAGUCUUUCACCCAAGGGCAAAGAUGUCUUCUGAAGAACUGCUACGGGGCAACGCCAGCAUUCUGCUUCCAAACGUGCAAGAUGCAGAUGGCAACACUUACACUUGCUCUGUUAUCCACAGCCCUGACAAAGAAGAAAAGUCAUUAGAGCUGAGAGUGGAAGCUCCCCCACUUGUUAAACUCGGCUCCACAAAAGUGCAGUUGACCAAGCCAAGCACAGUUGCGUGUACAGCAACAGAUUUCUAUCCUGGCAAUAUAUCCAUGACGUGGUUCCGCAAUGAUAGGAUUGUGCAAGGCCCCGAACAGCUUCCUACUCAGCCCGGCACUGGCCAGUUGUUAAGAGCAGAAAGUCUCUUGAAGCUCAUUCCAGAAUUUUCGGAUGCCAACGCCAACUUCUCUUGCCAUAUCAAUCACCAAGCACUCAAAGGGCCAGAGGUACUAAAAUUCCAGCUGCACUUGCAAGCUCGGCCCAUCCUUCAGCUGAUCACAAGGCCACAAGGGGAGAAAUUUGUAGUAGUUGUGUGUAAUGUGAGCAGUUUUUAUCCCUCUCAAAUCAACGUUCAGUGGUUGCAAAAUGGCGUGCCACAAGAGCAAGUAAAGUCAGAGGUGCACCACAUGCACAAUGGGAUGUUUUCCAUCAACAGUGUCUUUUUCCCACAGAAGAAUAAUGCUAAAGUCAUUUAUGUUUUUCGAGUAGAACACGAAGCUUUUGAGACCCCAUUGGAACAGUCUGUCCUUUGGAAGCCAGGUACAAGUGCAGUGGUUCCUUCGCUGUUGGGAUUCAUUAUUGGACUCGGGUCUGGAUUGGCACUAGCAGCUGGAAUGGCGUACUAUAAAACCAAGAAAAACUCAGUUACAGGAACAUCCAUUUAGAAAAAGCCUCUUCAAAAGAUAGAAGAGGAGAAGGUACUUGGCAUUUCAAACCCAAGACACGGGAGAUCAGGAGUGGAUUAAUACGUACAGAAGAGUUCAAUGAUGUGCAGAAGCAAUGACUUUGAUUGGAUGAUUACUAUAUAUAUUCCGUGAAAAAUGUGAUCUGGGUAAAGCAAGCUACAGAUUUCUCUUUGGUGAUCUGUACAGUGCAUUGUUUCCUUCCAUGGCUUAAGGAAACAACAAAUAUGUGAAGGCAAAAGGCAUUGUGGAAGACAAGAAGUGGAAAUUGCUCUUUGGAAUAAACCACCAGUUCCAGA